AUGGUAAACGAAUCAGUUGCUUCAGUGGGGCCGGAAACAGGAUUGCCUGAGAAUUGGGAAGUCCGCCAUUCCCAAAGCCAUGACUUGCCGUACUACUAUAAUUCCAAAAGCGGAGAGUCCUCGUGGGAGCCCCCGGAGGGCUCGGACCUCGUCAAGCUCAAGGAGUACCUCACGGUGAAAAUGGCGGCCACCAGCGACAAGAGCGGGCAAGAAAAAGUACGUGCCUCGCAUCUGCUCAUCAAGCACCGUGAAAGUCGUCGCCCGUCGUCCUGGAAAGAGGCCGAGAUCACUCGCACAAAGGACGAGGCCAAGUCAAUUAUCCUGGGCCACGAGGCCCGCAUCCGCUCCGGCGCUGCGUCGCUGGGUGAGCUUGCCGCAAAGGAGUCCGAUUGCUCGUCCGCUCGUAAAAAUGGCGACCUCGGCUUCUUUGGUCGCGGCGAAAUGCAAAAGGAAUUCGAGGACGCUACCUUCGCCCUCAAGCCGGGCGAGAUGUCCCGCGUCGUGGAAACCUCAAGUGGCUUCCACCUUAUCGAGCGCACCGCCUAG